UCCCUUGCUGGCAGGCCUCCUCCAGCAUUUAGUAUGAAAGCCUAUGUUUGCCAUAUUUGUGAUAUCAGCUUUAAAUCUUUAGAUAUGUUCCGGUCUCACAUGCAAGGAAGUGAACACCAAGCUAAAGAAUCUCUUUUUAUCAAUUUAGUGAAGAAUUCAACACAGACACAAAACGCUUGCCAAUACAACUAUGCAGAUUACAUCAACAUGCCGAAAUCCAGAGAACUAAAGCCCAUGACUUAUUUUAGAACUAUGGAAGAUGAUUCAUUAAAAUCACAUAGGUACAGAGAAGCUGAUUACAGACCUAGCCAUAGAACGUUUGACCAAAGACUCCCAUCUGAAACUUUCUGGACAUACAGACAACCACAUACUACUUCUCAAAGAGUAGAAAACCAGAUACCUGAUUUUUUAACAGCUCAUUCAAAGAAGAUAAAUGAUCCUUUCCAAGAUGAACUUGAAGAAUACAUCAAAGUUCAGAAGUCCAGAGGACUAGAUCCAAAUACUUGUUUUAGAAAAAUGGGAGAGAGCUCUACCGAGACUCAUGGGUAUAGAGAAAUGGUUGAUUAUGGACCAAGACAUAGAACAUGUGAGCAAGAAUUUUCAUUUGAGACUUCCCAGACUUACCAACAUCCAUACAAUAUUUCACCAAUGAAAAGGCAAUUAUCUCCCUGGUUCCCAGCUCAUUCAGAGAGGAAAUGUGAGUCUUUCCAAAAUGAGUUAGACUAUACUCAGCAGCAUAAAUCAAGAGCACUGGAGCCAAAAUUGUGUUUCAGAGAGACAGAUGAUUGCUCUGUGGAAACUCAUAGGCACAGAGAAAUCAUUGAUACCAAACCUAGACAUGGAAAUUUUGAGCAAAGACUCCCGUUUGAGAUUUUCCAGAACCACCAAGGGCCAUACCAUAUUUCACAUGCAGUGGAAAACAAGUUACCUCGUUGCUUACCAGUUGAUGACAACAAACAGGGCUUAGAUUGGAUGAGCUAUCAGCACCCUAGAGAUUAUUUUCCAGAAAAACCAGUGCUCUUGAGCCUCAAUCAGCAAGACAAUAACUCUGGUUCAAACAGUGCAGAAUCUGAAGUUUAUAAACACCUCUCAUCAGCAAAAUACAGCAGUGGGCACAAAGGAUAUCAUAAACGGAGGCAUGGGAAGAGGAGACGACAUCUGGAUGAAGACAAAGAAAAGCCAGAAAAGGGACAGUCAAAGCAUAAGAGGAGAAAGAGCUGUGAGGAUACAGAUUUAGACAAAGACAAGAGCAUUCAUCACAGAGAUAGAAAGGAAUAUAAAGUCAGGGCCAGUUCAGGAAAGCUUAAGCAUCAGAAAAAGAGAAAAAGACAUGGUGGAACUGAUGAGAAAGGACGCAAGCACAAGAAGGAGAGAAAGAAGCCUGUUGAAGAAAGGACAGAAGAAGAGAUUCUUUGGGAUGAAUCAAUUCUUGGAUUUUGA